UUCAGAUGCUGGUUUAAUUGAUUUAUUUUCACUAUAAGUGUGAGAAGUCAGAAAAGCAAAGGUUCUCAUUACAGAGUAAUAGUUUGACCAUUUGAGGCCAGUAGCCUCCUGACUGACUAGUUAAGAUGCAGAAAAGACAAGGGUAUUGCAGCUAUUGCCGUGUGCAGUAUCCUAACCUAGAACAGCACUUGUUUAGUGCUCAGCACAGAAGCCUGACCAGACAGAGCCGGCGUCGGACAACCACGAACAACAGUUUGAUGGAACGCUUUUUGCAGGACGUGCUACGACACCACCCGUACAAUUAUCAAGACAGCAGAUUUUCUGUUCACUUUCCUGAAGGAGCGGCAGGAGCAGCAGAAGCAGAAGAUCCUGGGUCCCCUGAAGUGGUUAUUUUGGAUGACUCAGAUGACAAUGAGGAUGACACUGCAGAGAGCAGUGGAGAGAGAUACUCCGAUGAUUCGCAGUCUGUAGAAGAGAUAGAUUGUAGGCCUGGUACUUCCCAGGAAUGUGCAGAGGUUGCAGUUCGACCAUCAGUUAUUCAAAGGCUAGAGCGGGGACAGCAGCAGUCCUUGGAGUUGGCUCAGAGAGUUGAGAGUGGUGUGAAAAGAGUUAAUUCAGUCGGUGUUGUUCAGGCUACAACUAGUGGAAAAAAGUUAGUGCGUCCCCCAGUGAUUUGUAAUGCUCCUGCCAGCUCUUUGCCUAGAGGCUCUUUCGAGAGACCAGUUGCGGCUAACAGUGUUCCUCGGUUAGUACUGGCAGUUGCUUCAGAUUCCUUUCCAGCUUGUGACACAGAGAAUCUUGAACCAUACUUUGACCCCCCAGAUCAGGGCUCUAGCAAUCCACCAUCUCAACCCAAACCUAAAGAUCCAAAAAAGAAACCAUUAAAUAUAAAUUUAGACAAAUUGCUUGCACAGAGAGAUCUCAGAGCUAAGGGUGCGUCUUUUUCCCCUGUUGUGCGAGUGCGGGAGCUAACAAGUGCUGAGAUUUGUUCUCUGAGAGUUGAGUCUUCUGAGUCAGGGGCAGGCACAUCAGGAAACCCCAGGGAGAAUGACACACCACCAGAUGCAGCCCGUGAAGGUGCCAUUCCAAAGCGUCGUGAGGCAUCUCGUUCAAAUGUGGUUCGUCCCCAAGAAGAAACACGCUUGGUUCUUAACAAGUCAAUACUUCUGAAACAGAAGCGCUCAGUGAAUUCUGAGCCAGUACCUGCUCAUUCCCAAGCUGCAGUACAUGACUUAAGUCAUUUGGAGGAGGGAGAGGAGGAAGAGGUGGAGGGAGUUGACCAAGAAGAUGAGAGCUAUGAGUCUAGAGGUUCUGACAUGAGUUUCGAUUGUGGGUCCUCUCGUCAGUCGCUGAGUGCCCUAUCUGAACUGACCACCAGAGAAAUAAGUGUAUCAGAAGAAACUGAUGAUGUACAGCCUAGGAAUGAAAUACCUACUGUUUCUGGAGCAACUUCCGAUAAUGGCAGCAGUUCUAAUCAGGUGCCUACCAACCGUUCUCCAGUGAUUACACAGAACAUACAGUUCAUUAGUCUGGUUGAUGAAAGCUAUGAGUCUAGUGGCUCUGAAGUGAAUUUUGAUGGCGAUGACUCACGUCCGUCAACUAGUCGCCGUCCCCCACAGCCCGUGAAAGCAGCAAACCUUCCUAGACAGAUGGCCGUCCGCUUGGUUGACAGCUAUGGAAGUGGCAGCUCUGAACCAUGUGAGGAUUCUGGGUCCUCAGCUGAUGAGACUCCAGCAGCAGCGGGACAGCAGCAGCCUCCAAAGAAUGCCAAUGCCCACCUGGUUGAUGAGAACUACGGGUCAAGCAGUUUCAGUUCUGACAGUGAUGCGGCUCCCCAAAUGCCUGUUCAAGAAAGAAGCCUGAGAGACAGAGCUGUCCAACAAGAAGAUGACCACCAACCCAGUAGUGCUGAAGCACACCCUGAACGUGAUGGUUUUGUUGAGACAGUGGCUGAUGAACCCCAGAGAGAAGCAGAAGAAAUAAAUGUUCCGAACCAGAAGAAUACCAGCCGUGGGGAUAUGAACUGUGAGUCUCAUGGUCCUGAAGUGGGUUUUCAUGCUGAUGCUCGAUUAGAGGCUGAUCAAUCUCCAGUAAACCCUGAGGAAGUAGAUCUUGACUUAGAGAAUCAGAGUGUUCACUCUGGCAUGUCUAACCUAAGUUUUGAUUCCCCUGCUUAUCAGUCAGCUAAUGAUCAACCUCAAGGGGCUUGGGGUGAACUAAAUCUUGAUGAGUUAAAUGUUGACAUGGAAGUUAAGAGCAGUGCGUGCUCCAGUUCUGAGUUGACAUUUGGUUCCGAUUCCCCUCUUCUGUCAGUUACUGAGCGGUCUCUGCUGGAUUUUGAAGGAAUAAACGAAGAUGACUUUAACCUGGAAGAUGAAUGCUGUGUGUCAAGUAGUUCUGACAUAACUUUUGAUUCUGAUAUUCCCAAUGACUCAGUAGCUGACCAACCUCAAGUAGCUGUUUAUGAGGAGGAACCUGUUGAUCUGGAAAAUAAGAGUAGUGCAUCUUGUGUUUCUGAAAUAACAUAUGAUUCUGAUAUUCCUCUUCAUUCAGGAAAUGAUCACCCUGAAGUAGCUGUUAAAGAAGUAAUCAUUCAGGAAGAAGAAAACGUUCAAUUAGAAGGGAAGAAUGACAAUCCCAGUGGUUCUGAAAUAUGUUUGGAUUCUAAUGCCCCUCUUCAUUCAGUGACUAAUUCUCAAGUAGCUGUUAAAAAGAUAAAUUCCCCUAAAGAAGAGCAGGUACACAUAGAACAAAAGGAAAAUGGACCUACUGAUUCUGAACUAAGUUUGAAUUGUGACACUCGUAACUCAAAGCCUGGACGUUCUGAAGAUCCCAUUGUAGCCCGUGUUUCUCAAACAAGACUGGAUUCGCAUACCCCCUUUCAGUCAGUGAUUCGCAAAUGUGAAGUAAUUGUCAGAAAUAUGUGCCCUCAAAAAGAAAAGCAUGCUCAAUUGCCAACUAAAAGUACAGAGUCUCAUUCUGAAAUCAGUUCAGCUGCUUCUACUGCUUCUCAUCCAGUGACAGAACCUUAUGUAGGUAAAAAGGCAAAGAGAAAGACAAAGCAUCUUGAGGAAGUCAAGAGUGAUGAUGAAUAUGAUGGCUCUCAGCCAACUUUCAAUUCUGAUGUGUUUCCUCAGUUAAUGACUGAAAAACCUCAACCGGCUGCUUUGAAAGAGGGCCACGCUCACCCAAAAGAUAACAGCACUGAGCGUAGAGGAACUGAAGUAACCCUGAAUACUGCUGGUUGUCUUGAGUCAGUCACUAGUCCACCUCAACUAGCUGUGAAGGAAAACCACAUGGAACCGAAAGACACAAACGACAAGCCCACUGAUUCUACAGCAGAUGCUGAUUCUACUGGCCACUCUCACUCACCGCCUAAAGAGGACGACGUAAUCACAAAAAUGAACGAGUGGAAACAAGAGGCAAAGGUUCUUGAAAAGAAGAUCAGUGAACUUAUCUAUUCAAAACUAAUACAUGAUUCUAAUGUUUCUUUUCGUUCUGCAAUGGAUCAACUUGAACUAGCUCUUAAACAAAUAAAUCUUGAUAGUCAUGAUCAAAUGCCCUUGGAAGAUAACAGCCAGGAGACCAGUUCUGAAACAAAUUUGGAUUCUGAUUUCUCGGUCCAGUCAGUAGUUGAACCACUACCUGAAACCACUGUUUCGGAGCCUGAACACAUUGAACUUGAAGGUAGGAGUAAUGAGUCUUGUGAUCCUGAGGUAAGCUAUGAUUCUAAUGACUGUGUCCAAUCAGAGGCUGCUCAGCAUAGUGAAAGUGAUGAAAAUGGAAGUGAGAAGGAUAAAGAGGACGUGGAAGGGCAGAGGGAUGAAGCGCAGGGUUUUGGAAUUACAAGUGUUUCCAGUGUUCCUCAGCCAUUGGCUGGCCAGACUGAAGCUGAAGUAGUUCAGGAGAUGAGCCGUUGGAAAGAUCAUGGUGAUUUGGAAGAUCAGGUUGUUGAAUCUAGUGACUCAAACACAAUCCUUCAUUCUGAUGAACCACUUCAGUCUGUGACUAAUACAACCCAAGAGCCUGUUCAAGAAAUACAUUUACGGAGAGGACAUGUAAGUCCACACGAUAGUGACUGUGAGCCCAGUGGCUCUACAAUAGUGCCUGUUUCGAAUGUCAUUUUUUGCUCAGUGAUUCAGAAACCACAACGUUUUCAAAAAGGGUGUACCAGUUUGAACGUAAAGAGCAGUAAUCCUUGUGGUCCUGAAGUGAUUGUUGAUUCCCGUGACAGUCCUGAAACGAGUUUGGAUUCAAGUGAACCUUGUCAGUCAGUAGCAGGCCAUCUUCAAAACACUGUCAAGGAAAUGAAUCUGAAGGAAGACCAUAUUUACCUGGAAGAUAAGAGCUACAAGCUAGUUGAUUUUGAACCAACUUACUAUCCUGAUGAUCCUGUUCAGUUUGUGACUGAUCCAUCUGUGGAGGAUGUGUCCAUCAAAGAAGUUAAUGUGCAAAAAGAGAAUCAGAAUGACCUAGGAAAUGAGACCUUUCAGCCAUGUUGUUCUGAAGUAACAUGCAAUUCUGGUGUCCAUCUGCAGUCAGAAGUUGACACACCUCAAGGGGCUUACAGCGAAGCAGACCCCGAGAAGAAAGACUUCAUAGAAGAAAAAUGCAGCGAGUCUUGUGAGCCUGAAGUGCUGUAUGAUUCCGACGUCUCUUUUCAGAUAGUAGUUAACCAGCUUCAAACAUCAGAUGGAGAAACAGAUUCACCACAGGUGGUGUUUGUGAAUGUUGUGUCCAGUGAUAGUGAUUGUGACCGGGAAGUAAUUUCUGACUCAAAUAUCCCUCUUCAGCUAGAACCCGAGUCGUCUCAACUGACUGUCAAAGAAACCAAUGAUACAAACACAGAUUCUGUUGGUUCUGCAGCGAUAGAGAAGUACUGCUGUAAAUUCUGUGGUUGUCAUUGUGAAGCCUCUCAGUCAGUGACAAAUCAGUCCAAGGAAAGUUUCAAAAUAAUCAACCGGAAGAACGACUAUAUUAUUCUGGGAGAUUCCAUCUGCCCAUCGUGUGGUCAUGAACUCAAUUUCAGUGUUGAUGCCUCUGAUAAGCCUUCUGAUAAGCCCUCCGAUAAGCCCUCUGAUAAGCCUUCCGAUAAGCCCUCCGAUAAGCCCUCUCAUAGGCCCUCUCAUAGGCCCUCUCAUAGGUCCUCUCAUAGGCCCUCUCAUAAGCACACUACCAGUCAACGGCCUGAUCGUAAUCGCGUUGUCUUGGAACGUAAGAACCGUGACUCUCAGAGUCUUAAAAGAAGUUUCAGUUCGAGAGAUACUGGUCAGCCAGUGACGAACCAACUACAGAGAGCUGUCGACAUCAAUCGUUGGAACGCUCCAAGAAGUGUUGCCUUUCACCCCAGGAGCUGGGAACCUAGUAGUUUUGCAGCAGACCGUCCUGGCUAUGCUGUGUCAGUGAUCCGCCAGACAUGUGUGACGGACAUCCCUUUGAAGUUAGGAGAUGGGGACGUUCUAGAAAACGAGAGUUCUCUAUAUGAUGCCUAUCUUCAGUAUGACUCUGACGAACCUCAGCCUGCUAAGAAAACAUGCCAGCGUAAGAAGGUGACUUUUGACAUGAGAGUAACUAAGUAUGAAUAUCCACCAAACCCGAUGUACACAGAAGGAGCCGAAGAGUUUCCAGAAGGUGAUCCUAACGAACCAGUCCUUGAAGCCUCACCUCAGGUCCCUCCUACAUCUGUUGGAGAAACUCAGUCUCAGGAAGAUGCAGUGACAACAAACACACAGGAAAUUCAAGGUCAUUUCUACAGUUAUUAUGAUGAUUGCUCUGAAGCCAAUAGAAUUAUUUUGAGUGAAGAAGAACAGGCCACCUUGUUUAACUUUUAUCAGAACGCUGCAUCAGUUUACACUCUGCCACAUCUUGAAUAUAUUGAAGGCAGAGUUGGAGACACUGGCAACUUCUCAGUGGCCUUAGGUGCACCAUCUUGUUCCCUAGCAGAGGGGCUUCAGCAGCCACAGGAGCAGGUGACUUCUGAGAACCAGGUAGAAGGAGUCAGCUGUGAAACUCAAGCAAGUUCUGGGAAGAAAAGAAAAAUGUCAGAACAAGAAGAAGAUUUACCGCAAAGGAAGCACUUCCAUCAGGAUAGCCAGAAGAAAAGAAAAGAGCAAACCGAGUUACCUGCGCCACAAACUAAUGUUUCGGAGCCUUCCCAGUCCGACUCCUUAGUCUAUAUUUUUUCUUCUCUAAGUGUGAAGGAAGAUCAGCCUUUGAAUCCACCUAAAGCAAAGCCUGGCAGUGACAAGGAUUUACAAAACAUACACAGCUGUGAAGAGCACAGCACUCCUAGCACACCACGUAAGAAAACUGUAAUUAACCCUCCACAGAAUCCAACGGUACCAGAGGGUGACAGACAGGAGGUUGUUGGCAGUGAUCUUAGUAGGAAUGAUACAAGGUCCAGUGCAGGACAGAAUGUUGUCAACAGAUCAACCUUGGUUUCAGCAUCUAGGAUGGCAAUGCCGAAGAAAAGAUGUGUGUUAAGAUACCUCGGGAUCAUUCAGUCUUCAUGUCCAGAAAAUUCAGGUGUGGGUGCUACUGCAAUUCCAAAGGACAAUCUCCAGCAGACUCUUUCAACUCCUGACAGUGCCAAUACUCUUCCCAAACCAGUUCAAAAGGAGGCUGUUGAAAAUAAGAGUCCCAAGAAAUUUUGGAAAAAGAAGAUGGCAGCUGCACAUCAAUCAAACUUACUCAAAAACGCUUUCAAAACAGUGGUUCUCCGGAAGAAAUCAAGACUAGCUUCAGAAAAACUGGCUAUUUGGGUUAAGCUGAAAGCAACCGAUACCAUCAGGAAGUAUGUUUCUACAUGCCCUGGUGUGCGCAGGAAGCAUCAGUCAAAGACUGUUCUUAUUCGAAGGCAACUGAGGAAGAAGAAGAUGGUCGCCAGGAAGAUAAAGGAGGUCAAGAGAGCAGCUGCAGCAGCACGGUUGAGCCUCGCCCUUGGCCCACCUGUUCCUGAAGAGCAGUCAAGUGCCCCUGCGGGGCCUGCAGAGCUGCCUACUACUACCACGACUACGACUAUGACGGCGGCGGCUGCUGCUGCUGCUGCUGCUGCUGCUGCUGCUGCUGCUGCUGCUGCUGCUGCUGCUGCUGCUGCUACUACUACUAAUCUUCCCAAAGCUGCAGGAAGAAGGCACUACCGGAAAAGGCGCUACCGAAGAAAGAAGAAACUUCUUCCUGUGAGAGAAUAUGACCUGAGAAGCUCGAGUUCCUCAGCAAAUACCGACAGGAUGGUGACCCGGCUUGCAAGCAAAUCCCGAAAUAAUGAGGCAAAGUAAAAGCGCGGGCCACAGCUGCCAGCGACAUCAACCCCUGGCUGGAACACACAUGGACCUGAGCACACAGACUUUCCCAGCUUUGGUAGGGAACCUGAUCUGACACUAUUUUGCUACAGAUAUUAUUUUUCAAAGAUUUUAUAUUCAUUUAAAAUUUAGUGUUUAGGGUCCUUUUUUUUUUUAAGGUUUAAAAGCAACCUUUGUCCCGUUUCUGUAGAAGAGCUUCAUCUUAAUUUGUCUUAUAAUUUAGCAUAGUAUAUAGAAUUUUGUCCUUUAAAUCAUGUCCAUACUGAUUUCCUCUGAAAAUCUUUUGUGCCAAAAAGUUAUAACACUGGGAGAAUGAACACAGCAAACUUACUAGUGUCAUCUUUUAAAUAAUUGGAAGAAUAUCUAUUUACUUAGUUACCAUGCUUACAAGUUGAAACAUUAAUAACUAUUCUAAUGGGAUAAAUAAAAAGAGCAACACUGUGCUAUCUCGAUUUUCAAAUAUGAUUAACUUGAAUGACCACAAAAAUAUAAUUUCUUUUUCUUUUAAAGGCAUUCCAUGAAAUAAUUAAUUAAUCCAGUUUUUUUUAUUUAAAGUGCCUGAUUUUUAUAGACAACAGAAAUUCUUCCUCCUUCGUUUAAAUUGGAUCUGUAAGUCUGUAGCUUCCCUUAUUUGGACACAUACACCACAAAUCUGUUUGUUAGCAUUAUUAAUCUUACAUGGAAAAAGAUUUUGCAAAUGUGGUUAGGCUUUUAACUACCUUUUGUCCCUUUAUUAGCAAUCUAAGAUCAUUUAUUAAUAUUUUAGACAUCUUAAGAUAUUGAACUGAAGUUAUUGGUUUGAUAAUAGUGUGUGGGCUGGCCAUUAAUUGUCAUUAGGGAAAUACUUAAACAUUUCAGAAAACUUAAGUUAAACUAGUAACUUAACUAGAGACCCACUUUACAAGUGAAAAACGAUAUAUACACCAAUCAGUUUUAUCUUAAACUAUCUAAUUAUCUUAAACUAGUUAGAUAGUUCAAGGCUAAACUACUUUGACAUUUGUAUCUUAAACUACCUAACUGAUUUUGACAGUUAAGAUAAAAGAUGCUUGGAUACACAGUGUGAGCCUCUGGUACUUGAGUAUAUUCCUUUAAGGGACAUUGACUGAGCUGGUGCAAAUGCAUCCUAUUGUCUUGUUCAGUCAAGACCUCAAUCUUUUUCUGUCAUUGAUGUUACAAGGAAACACAAAGUUUCCCUUUAUUGUGUAACUACUAUAUUUUAUUGAACUAGAGUCAGUGUUAAGCUGUGUCUUGAUUUCAGAGAUAAAACUGUGUUACCUUAGAAUUAAUGAAAUAUCAAUGUGGUUUUGUUUCAGGGGCCAUUAUUUAACCUGUGAGUUGUUAAUGGUGAUGCUAUUGUCAUUUCUUUACUUCUAAAUAUAAAUGGUAAUUAUAUUGCAGAGUGGACAAAUGUGAUUUUUUUUAGUUGGCAAGUGAUAUGUUUAAUUUCUUCAACCUUGCCUUCUUAUAUACAAACACUCUUAAUUCCCUUUAAAAAAUCUCAAUGAGUCACCUUUUUUUUUUAAAUCUUCAAGUUUUAAUUAAGGAAGAAAACUCUGUUUGACUGAUUAUGGAGUAACCCAUAAAAGCACUCUGUUCGCAGGUAUUGAUCUUUUGUAGUUCCCAGACACCCACUAACAAGCAUGCCUGCAAUGUCAGUUAAAAUGAAAGUUCAGACCCAAGUAACCUACCAUGGGAUUAGCCAAAUUAUGUCUUAUGUGAUAUGUUCUACAAUGAGGGUCAUUCUUACAAUUCAAAUGAUCAAACCUUAAAGUUAAAAAAUGUUACUGUUUUCUUUCAAAUUGGAAACUCUUCUAAGUACCGUUUUAAGGAAAAGAUUCCUAGGUAAAAUUGAUAUCACCCAGAUAUAAAUUGUCUACCACAGAAAUGAUGGUUUUGUUUAGAAAUUUGCAAAUGUUUACUAAGUUCUUCUGAGGAAUACUAUUUUGGGCAAGCUUGGAAACUUGAAAUUACAAAAUGUGAGUUAAAUUGUAAGUGAGUUUUUCAGAAUUUGAUAGGAUACAGGAAGUGCCCCUUUGUCUACAUAAAUGGCUUAAUUUUCAGGCUAGGUUGAAACAACUGCUUAUUUUGUGUAGUCAAGAGUGAGUUAUCUUCUUUUAGUAGUAGUACAUCAAAUUGCAACCAUAAUGAACAUUUUGUUAAUCUUGUCCACUUUAGUAUCUUAAAUAGAUUUCAUUGUAACUGUCCUGGUGUAUACAGUGUGUGGACAGUAUUGUGGAAAGAGUGUUUUUUGCAUUUGUGCUUUUAAAUUAUUUAUGUAACUAGGGCUCUAAGUAACACAUUUUUUUUUGCUUAAAGAAAAGCUAUAUUUAAAUAUUCAAAUAAUUAUAUAUUUCCAUGUAAAACUAAUGUGAAGACCGAUGUAUUUUUUAUAAUGCAAUUUAAAGUGUAAACUUGUUUUGAUGUUAUCAAGAUAAAUUUAUUAAGUAUUGAAAUUUGUGUGUACUCUCUCCUCAUGUUAGAACCUUUUCCUGGAAAUAUUUAAAAAGAAUCAGAGAGUAACCAAGUCUGAAGUGACUCUGUAAAAGGCCUGAGAGAUGAUAAAUAAGAGAGUGCAAAUGUUGAUGCUGGCGAGAAAAUAGUUUAACCAAAGAUGCACAGGUUGUACUCAAAUCAGUAGUUAUUUGAAAAGAUUAAACAACCACUAAAUUGCCUGGCGGAGUGAUGGGGCAGCUAUGUUUUACUUGUGCGCCUGUACUGAAAGGAUUGAGUUCAGGAACAGGAUCCAUACUACCGUUUGACCCCUUUUGGGAAAGGAGACUCCCAAACCUCCCAUCCACCUCCCUGUCUUCUAGGCAUAGGAUAGCGGCGACAGGAUGGCAUGGAAGAUACGUGAGGGAAUAGCAAAGUAGGUGUUUUCCACCCUCGUGUAAAGAAUUUGUUGUUAAAAUGAGAAUUGUCUUGCUCUUUACAAUGAGAAAUUACUUUUUAGUAAAGAACUUUUAUGUUUAGAAUCAUGGAAUUACAGAAUUAUACUCCAAAAUGCCAACUUGAGGAAAUGGAAGGUAAGGAGAUUUAGCAUUUCCUCAUCUCUUAUUCAAAUGAAUUCAGAUAUUAAGGGGGAAAAUUAUAAUUUAAAACUUUCCCCUUUUUUCUUAUACUUUAUAUGCGUGAAGUUCUAAGUAUUUUAAGCCAAGGGCUUUGUUUUUAAAAUGAUUUGAAUAAGCAUUAGGUUCAGGGUGAAAUAGUUGUUGCUGGGUCUUUACAUUAUUUCUAGGUUUGUUUAUUUAUUUUAAUAACUUUUAAACCUAGAAAGAAAUUUAUUUACCAGAUUUAUUACUCCCAAAUUCAGUGUAUGUACGUUUUGAGCCCUUCUUGAGAACAGCUCAGUUUCCCAGGCUUUAACUCUAUCAUGUCCCUUGAUCUUUGUAUCUGGGAGCCUUGUUGGAUUCUAUAACGAUUCCUGUGAAGUGAGAAGAUUGAGGCAUAGAGUAGUUAACCCCCAGUGAUAGGCCAUCUCAUCUCUCUUCUACUUUCUUUUUCCUUAGUUUUCCAUGCUUAGUUGAUAAAAAUGGUACUUUUUUAUGUUAGUCUUUAUGUAGUUUUUUUGUUUGUUUGCUUUUGUUUCCUUUAUCAUGAUUAGGGUUUUUUGUUUGUUUGUUUUUGAGAGUCUUCUGUGUUAUAGCAUGCUGAGUAUUUGGGUUUUUAAAUUACUUUUUACUUUUUAGAGUCAGUUUUAAAUUGAUGUGUUUAUUUUUUGUUUGUGCCUCUGAGAGUUGAAUCCACGGCCUUGUGCGUGUGAGGCAGGUGCUCUGCUGCCGUGUUUUACCUCCCAGCUCUCAGGUUUACUGACACUACCACCAGAAUCUUUGUCUCCUAACAACAAAUGAGAAAGCCGGCAGGUAUGAGGCUAGCUUUGUUCCCUUCAUGGCUCUUACUUAGGACCUGAUUAUCCCUCAGAUCCGAGACUGGUCAGCAUAGCUGUCUUUUGGGAUGUUUUGUGGCUCACUUGAGUGCUGAAUGCCCUUUAGAUCUUUUGACUCUCCUUUUCAUGCCCAUCAUGACUUUCUUUUCCCUGUGCUCAGUCAGCUCUCAGUUUCAGUAUCAGCACAUCACCUCAUGCUCUCAGUCCUCUCAUGAUGGAUUGCUUGCUGGUGACUGACCUGAGAAUGAUAACCACCAAAUUGCUGGUUUUAAUCCAGAUGUGCCACAGAGCCAUCUGGCAGCCUCUAGGCUAAGUUGUUCUCCUGCAUAUUUAGAUAGUCAAAACCAGGAAGUCAACAUUGAUCUCAUCUAUCUACUCUGUAGACCUUAUUAAAAUUUUGCAAAUUAUCUCAAAAUGUUCUUUGUAGGUCCUGGAUUUGAUCCACAGUUAUGGAAUUCAUGAAUACUUUGUUGGUUUCCUUGGUGUGGAACAGUUUCUCGCCUGUCUGUACUUGGUAGCAUGGCAUUUUGAAGGUACUGGUUUAUUUGUGGAGUAUCUUUGAGUUUGAGCUUGUCUGAUGUUUCUUUGUAACCUAUGCAUUUCUGGAAUUCUGUGUUUUCAGUGUAUAUUAACUGAAGCCAUGUGAUGUCAGUUUGAAUAAAUGUGGUGAUAGCAUA